AGUCAAGGAUCAUAAGAGAAACACGCAGCGUCCGUGCUAAAUCGCUCAGGCACACCGGUGCACCCCUCACCCAAGACACACCCGAAAACUAAAAAUAACCGCGCCUAACAAUAACCUAACCAUCCACUGAGUAUUCAGUACCAAACUUAAAUGGCCACCACUAACGAAACCAGCAGUGAACUUGCAAGCGUGUUUAUAAGCGACAAAGUUAGUGUUUUGGUAUCAGUGAGCGGAUUACCUGCCGAGGCGUAUCGCGAUGGCGGAGAGGGGAGCGGGGCGACGAGCGAGAAGGCUAUAGCGUGCAGCGGGAGCGGGAGCGAGCGAGCAAGCCACGCGCGCCGGCGGACACCCCAGUCUGUACUCUUUAGUUCCGCGCAGCGCGCCGCUCGCGUCACCCGCCUCCGCUGCCGCGCCCGCUACUAUGAAGGCCAAAGGAAUGCGUUCGAAGAACAUGGAUAAGCUUAUAGCUGCUGUCCAGGCGAGAGAAUGCCUCUGGGACAAAAGCUACAGAGGACACAGGAAUCGUUUCAAGUUGGAGCGUUAUUGGAACGAGGUGGCCGCGGAAGUGGGGACUAGCAGUCUAAACUGCCGCAAAAGAUGGAAGAACCUAAAAGACCAAUGCCGCAAAGAAAUGAAAAAGAACCCCAACGAAUCCGAAUGGCCUCACUUCCCGAAACUCAAGUUCAUCCACCACCAGUUCCUCGCAGAAGACGACGAAGAUGAGGGUGAUACCAACGACGAGGUCUUCAAUGCCCUUGACGACUCCAUAAAGAGACCAAAGCUAGGAUAUACCAUGAGGAAGAAAUUCCUCAUGAACAAAAGACGCACGAUAGAUGUGGAUAUGAAUAAGCUGAUAGAGUUGGUGCAGACGAGGGAUAUUAUUUGGAACAGGCAGCUCAAAGGGCACCAUAAUUGGUAUAAGUUGGAUGAGAGUUGGAAGGAGAUUGCUCAAGAAUUAGGAGUUACACGCGACGAAGCGCGGCUAAAAUGGAAAUACCUCAGAGACCAGGCUAGGAAAGAGGUCAGGAAGCAAGAUUCAGAAUGGGAAUAUUUACCUAAACUACAAUUUUUGACUAAUCAAUUCAACGACUACGAAGAGACUCCUGGGACUGAAGAUCAUUUCGCGGAUCAAGAUUUCGAGCCUCCAGAACCAAGUAGCAGUUAUUACAAUAUAGAACCAGUGCCAGAACCGACGAAUGUCAGCGUUAAGGAUGAUGAAUUUGAUGAGUUCGACACUAAGCCUAUAAUUAUGGAGACUGAUUUUUAUGAUGAUGAUGACGAAGUCCCUAAAAGCCCUUGUACGACGGCUGGGCAAGAUGCUGGGGAGCCAGCGAAGGAUGAAGAUGUAGGGUUCUUUAAUAGUCUGUUGCCGCAUGUGAGGAAACUUGGGCCGGCGAAGAAGCUGAUGCUUAGGAUGAAGAUUCAGGAGUUAGUUUAUAAUACUGUUUACAAUGAAACGUAGGGUAUGAAGAUGAUUUUAUCGCAAUAUUACCAAGAUAAUAAAAUUUAUUCCAAAAAAUUGGAUGAUAAGCGUAGUCUGGUAAACCAAUUUUAUUUCAGUACCAGAAGCAUAAAAAAAAUACUUGUCCCUUUUUCGGGGUUGAUAACUACCGUAAGAAAAAAAAAACAGCAUGAUAACGCUGCAGUGACAAGGGACCCUUGCCAAACUAUAAUAAUAAUAAAAACUAUAUUCGCAUGUCUUCCAUGAGAUGAGACAAAACUUCAUGUAAAACGGAAUUAAUGCAUUUCCGAAAAUAUGCCUACCAAUAGUUUACUGCCAUUUUCUAUUCUAACAUAUUGGGUACAAAACGUGUCACUAAAUCUCGAUAAAAGUUGCCAGAUUUUAAAGAUUAUGUUAUGUAUUUAAGCUUUUAAUCCACUGCAAAAUUGCCGAUGUUGAGGUCACAAAUGUAAAAAUAUCUUUGACGAGUGCACGACGUUUAAAAUUCAUUCAGAAGCAAUCAAGCGAGUGAGGUGAUCAAAAUUAUUUACACAUGCUUGGUCACUUCUGUACCUAGUCCAGUUGAAUUGCAGACUAUCAGGGAACCAUAAUAAUUUAAUAAUAUCAUGUGUAAUAUAAAUUCGUAAAGAAAACUGCCCUUUACUUUUAGAGUAUUUUGUAAUGUCUUAAAUUAAGCUAUACUGUGCUUUAUAUACUUAUGUGAGUUAUAUACUUUCACAGUUUAAAUUUUAAUUUAAAAAAAAUUGUAGCACGUCUUAUGGUCUGUAAUUCAAAUAGAUUAACCGCCAUUCCAAAUGAAUAUCUUAAUUAUUUUAGCUGAUUUUAAUUCGUAUUAUUUUAAAAUUAUAAAACUAUUUGAAUAAAACUCGGACGAAUUUAAAUUUACGAAAUUCACGGUAGAACCUUUUGUUAACUCUCAGUGAUUGAUUAUAUUCCUUCAGUCUUUAAUAAGGUCAACACGGAUAAGUGUGACUGCGGGCUAAGUGUGGCUGGCCUUCACAUUGGGCCCUGUUUACACAUUGAUUAGUGUUUAUUGCGAGUUCAUACAUUUGCCACUAAAUGCAAAUAGCAAGUAGAGCAACACACUUAACCGUAUUUACCUUAUUUAGUUUUAUUUUAUUUUAUCUAUUUCACAAAGAAAGUUUUAAGUAGUCAUAAGACCUAAUGUGUAUUU